AUUAUUAGGCUUCUCUGUGAGUCAGCUGCCAGGACAACAAAAAAGCUAACAGACUUUCAACAAACCUGUUAAAGAUUAGUGAUUUACACACCUGGUGUUUAAAGGUUGUCUAAAAACAUUGAAGUGACCAGCUGCAGCUUAAAAUCUGUGUGAACAUUAUGGCCAAUGCAGUGAAAGCAUCGGAAUACUUCGUGAGGUUUGCGGCCAUUUUCCUCAUUCUUAUGUGUGUGGUAAACUCACAGGAACUUCCUGAAAUUUCAGAUAUGGUUCUUGAGUUUAGGUAUACAGAUGGACAACUGAAUCACGUAAGAGAAAAACGAGAUGCCAACACAAACAUACACGAAUACAUCAUAGAGGUAGAGAUGAAUAUAUCACAACAGAUUUCGAUUGAACAAAUCAAAUCAUCGAACAUCAGUUUUCCAGUUCAACUAGACAACAACACAGAAAUCAGUGGUUUCAACAUUACAACAGUGUGCAGUUUGAAUGGUACGGAAUAUCAGUGCAGGUGUGAGGAUCAGUAUUUCUGGCCAUAUGAAAAUUGCACAGUGUAUGGGUCUUGUGACAAUGUCACCAAUGGCUUGUGUGUUUGCAUCAACGCUAUUCCAAAUGAUGGAGAGUCCUGCCAACUAAUCAAUGAGACAACACCACCAUCCACAACCAUAGAUGCCAUAACCAGAGCUGGCACAACCAUCAUAAUCACAGAAGCUACAACAGAUAUCUCACCUACACACACACCAUCAGUUCCCACAAUCACAGCUGCUACAGAUUCCACAAGCCCAGUCACCCUAACUACACCAGUCAUAACUGCAACCACAAUGGCUGUAAACACAACCACACUCACAGUUACACCAACUACAGCAAAUAUAAUCAUAUGUGCUGCAACCACACAAACCACAAACCCAGGUCUUCAAACCACAGUAAUUGCAACCACUGCAACUACAGACACCACAGCAUCAAGGUGUACUUACAUAACCACAGACAACACAACUGACCACACUACAACCACUGCAACCACAUCAGCCAAAACCACAGACAUGACAACCUUAACUGCUACAACAACAGACACAGUACCCACAGCUGCCACAACUACAGUUGCCAUAAGUAUAAGUGCUACAAACAUGGACACUACAAACACAAGUCUACAAACCACAGCAAUUGCAACCACAGCUGCUGCAGUCACAGACACCACAGUUGCAAACACUGCUGAUAUAGCAACAGACACCACAUCUGAUCACAGCACAGUCACUACAAUCACAGCACUCACAACCACAGAUACUACAAUGAUAACUUCUACAACCACAGACACUACACCCCCAGCUAUAGCCUCAACAAUCAUAACUGAUACAACCACAGAUGCCACAACAACUCUCCAAACCACAGCCAUCACAAUUCCAGCCACCAACACCACAGGCAUUGCAACAACAGACACCACACAAACCAUCACCACCACAACUAUUGAUAGCACUACUGCAACCAUAGCCAAAACAAACCAAGCCACCACAAUCACAACCACAGAUGCCACAGACACAGUUUUUCCGACAGUUCCCACAAUCACAGCUGCUACAAUUACAGAUUCCACAACCCCAGUCACCCUAACCACACCAGUCAUAACUGCAACCCCAAUGGCUACUAAAACAACAACACUCACAAAUGCCCCAACUACAGCCAAUAUAAUCACAAGUGCUAUAUACACAGACACCACAAACCCACGUCUUCAAACCACAGUAAUUACAACCACUGCAACUACAGACACCACAGCUUCAAAAAGUACUUACAUAACCACAGAAAACACAGCUGACCACACUACAACCACUGCAACCACAUCAGCCAAAACCACAGACAUGACAACCUUAACUGCUACAACAACAGACACAGUACCCACAGCUGCCACAACUACAGCUGCCAUAAGUAUAAGUGCUACAAACAUGGACACUACAAACACAAGUCUACAAACCACAGCAAUUGCAACCACAGCUGCUGCAGUCACGGACACCACAAUUGCAAACACUGCUGAUAUAGCCACAGACACCACAUCUGAUCACAGCACAGUCACUACAAUCACAGCAUUCACAACCACAGAUACUACAAUGAUAACUUCUACAACCACAGACACUACACCCCCAGCUAUAGCCUCAACAAUCAUAACUGAUACAACCACAGAUGCCACAACAACUCUCCAAACCACAGCCAUCACAAUUCCAGCCACCAACACCACAGACAUUGCAACAACAGACACCACACAAACCAUCACCACCACAACUAUUGAUAGCACUACUGCAACCAUAGCCAAAACAAACCAAGCCACCACAAUCACAACCACUACAACCACAGAUGCCACAGACACAGUUUUUCCGACAGUUCCCACAAUCACAACUGCUACAAUUACAGAUUCCACAACCCCAGUCACCCUAACCACACCAGUCAUAACUGCAACCCCAAUGGCUGCUAAAACAACAACACUCACAAAUGGCCCAACUACAGCCAAUAUAAUCACAAGUGCUAUAUCCACAGACACCACAAACCCACAUCUUCAAACCACAGUAAUUGCAACCACUGCAACUACAGACAACACAGCUUCAAAAAGUACUUACAUAACCACAGAAAACACAGCUGACCACACUACAACUACUGCAACCACAUCAGCCAAAACCACAGACAUGACAACCUUAACUGCUACAACAACAGACACAGUACCCACAGCUGCCACAACUACAGUUGCCAUAAGUAUAAGUGCUACAAACAUGGACACUACAAACACAAGUCUACAAACCACAGAAAUUGCAACCACAGCUGCUGCAGUCACAGACACCACAGUUGCAAACACUGCUGAUAUAGCCACAGACACCACAUCUGAUCACAGCACAGUCACUACAAUCACAGCACUCACAACCACAGAUACUACAAUGAUAACUUCUACAACCACAGACACUACACCCCCAGCUAUAGCCUCAACAAUCAUAACUGAUACAACCACAGAUGCCACAACAACUCUCCAAACCACAGCCAUCACAAUUCCAGCCACCAACACCACAGACAUUGCAACAACAGACACCACACAAACCAUCACCACCACAACUAUUGAUAGCACUACUGCAACCAUAGCCAAAACAAACCAAGCCACCACAAUCACAACCACUACAACCACAGAUGCCACAGACACAGUUUUUCCGACAGUUCCCACAAUCACAGCUGCUACAAUUACAGAUUCCACAACCCCAGUCACCCUAACCACACCAGUCAUAACUGCAACCCCAAUGGCUGCUAAAACAACAACACUCACAAAUGGCCCAACUACAGCCAAUAUAAUCACAAGUGCUAUAUCCACAGACACCACAAACCCACGUCUUCAAACCACAGUAAUUGCAACCACUGCAACUACAGACAACACAGCUUCAAAAAGUACUUACAUAACCACAGAAAACACAGCUGACCACACUACAACCACUGCAACCACAUCAGCCAAAACCACAGACAUGACAACCUUAACUGCUACAACAACAGACACAGUACCCACAGCUGCCACAACUACAGCUGCCAUAAGUAUAAGUGCUACAAACAUGGACACUACAAACACAAGUCUACAAACCACAGCAAUUGCAACCACAGCUGCUGCAGUCACGGACACCACAAUUGCAAACACUGCUGAUAUAGCCACAGACACCACAUCUGAUCACAGCACAGUCACUACAAUCACAGCACUCACAACCACAGAUACUACAAUGAUAACUUCUACAACCACAGACACUACACCCCCAGCUAUAGCCUCAACAAUCAUAACUGAUACAACCACAGAUGCCACAACAACUCUCCAAACCACAGCCAUCACAAUUCCAGCCACCAACACCACAGACAUUGCAACAACAGACACCACACAAACCAUCACCACCACAACUAUUGAUAGCACUACUGCAACCAUAGCCAAAACAAACCAAGCCACCACAAUCACAACCACUACAACCACAGAUGCCACAGACACAGUUUUUCCGACAGUUCCCACAAUCACAGCUGCUACAAUUACAGAUUCCACAACCCCAGUCACCCUAACCACACCAGUCAUAACUGCAACCCCAAUGGCUGCUAAAACAACAACACUCACAAAUGGCCCAACUACAGCCAAUAUAAUCACAAGUGCUAUAUCCACAGACACCACAAACCCACGUCUUCAAACCACAGUAAUUGCAACCACUGCAACUACAGACAACACAGCUUCAAAAAGUACUUACAUAACCACAGAAAACACAGCUGACCACACUACAACCACUGCAACCACAUCAGCCAAAACCACAGACAUGACAACCUUAACUGCUACAACAACAGACACAGUACCCACAGCUGCCACAACUACAGUUGCCAUAAGUAUAAGUGCUACAAACAUGGACACUAGAAACACAAGUCUACAAACCACAGAAAUUGCAACCACAGCUGCUGCAGUCACAGACACCACAGUUGCAAACACUGCUGAUAUAGCCACAGACACCACAUCUGAUCACAGCACAGUCACUACAAUCACAGCACUCACAACCACAGAUACUACAAUGAUAACUUCUAUAACCACAGACACUACACCCCCAGCUAUAGCCUCAACAAUCAUAACUGAUACAACCACAGAUGCCACAACAACUCUCCAAACCACAGCCAUCACAAUUCCAGCCACCAACACCACAGACAUUGCAACAACAGACACCACACAAACCAUCACCACCACAACUAUUGAUAGCACUACUGCAACCAUAGCCAAAACAAACCAAGCCACCACAAUCACAACCACUACAACCACAGAUGCCACAGACACAGUUUUACCGACAGUUCCCACAAUCACAGCUGCUACAAUUACAGAUUCCACAACCCCAGUCACCCUAACCACACCAGUCAUAACUGCAACCCCAAUGGCUGCUAAAACAACAACACUCACAAAUGGCCCAACUACAGCCAAUAUAAUCACAAGUGCUAUAUCCACAGACACCACAAACCCACAUCUUCAAACCACAGUAAUUGCAACCACUGCAACUACAGACAACACAGCUUCAAAAAGUACUUACAUAACCACAGAAAACACAGCUGACCACACUACAACCACUGCAACCACAUCAGCCAAAACCACAGACAUGACAACCUUAACUGCUACAACAACAGACACAGUACCCACAGCUGCCACAACUACAGUUGCCAUAAGUAUAAGUGCUACAAACAUGGACACUACAAACACAAGUCUACAAACCACAGAAAUUGCAACCACAGCUGCUGCAGUCACAGACACCACAGUUGCAAACACUGCUGAUAUAGCCACAGACACCACAUCUGAUCACAGCACAGUCACUACAAUCACAGCACUCACAACCACAGAUACUACAAUGAUAACUUCUACAACCACAGACACUACACCCCCAGCUAUAGCCUCAACAAUCAUAACUGAUACAACCACAGAUGCCACAACAACUCUCCAAACCACAGCCAUCACAAUUCCAGCCACCAACACCACAGACAUUGCAACAACAGACACCACACAAACCAUCACCACCACAACUAUUGAUAGCACUACUGCAACCAUAGCCAAAACAAACCAAGCCACCACAAUCACAACCACUACAACCACAGAUGCCACAGACACAGUUUUUCCGACAGUUCCCACAAUCACAGCUGCUACAAUUACAGAUUCCACAACCCCAGUCACCCUAACCACACCAGUCAUAACUGCAACCCCAAUGGCUGCUAAAACAACAACACUCACAAAUGGCCCAACUACAGCCAAUAUAAUCACAAGUGCUAUAUCCACAGACACCACAAACCCACAUCUUCAAACCACAGUAAUUGCAACCACUGCAACUACAGACAACACAGCUUCAAAAAGUACUUACAUAACCACAGAAAACACAGCUGACCACACUACAACCACUGCAACCACAUCAGCCAAAACCACAGACAUGACAACCUUAACUGCUACAACAACAGACACAGUACCCACAGCUGCCACAACUACAGUUGCCAUAAGUAUAAGUGCUACAAACAUGGACACUACAAACACAAGUCUACAAACCACAGAAAUUGCAACCACAGCUGCUGCAGUCACAGACACCACAGUUGCAAACACUGCUGAUAUAGCCACAGACACCACAUCUGAUCACAGCACAGUCACUACAAUCACAGCACUCACAACCACAGAUACUACAAUGAUAACUUCUACAACCACAGACACUACACCCCCAGCUAUAGCCUCAACAAUCAUAACUGAUACAACCACAGAUGCCACAACAACUCUCCAAACCACAGCCAUCACAAUUCCAGCCACCAACACCACAGGCAUUGCAACAACAGACACCACACAAACCAUCACCACCACAACUAUAGGUAACACUAAUGCCACCAUAGCCAAAACAAACCAAGCCACCACAAUCACAACCACUACAACCACAGAUGUCACAGACACAGUUUAUCCGACAGUUCCCACAAUCACAGCUGCUACAAUUACAGAUUCCACAACCCCAGUCACCCUAACCACACCAGUCAUAACUGCAACCACAAUGGCUGCUAAAACAACCACACUCACAGAUGCCCCAACUACAGCCAAUAUAAUCAUAUGUGCUACAACCACAGACACCACAAACCCACGUCUUCAAACCACAGUAACUGCAACCACUGCAACUACAGACACCACAGCAUCAAAGUGUACUUACAUAACCACAGACAACAGAGCUGACCACACUACAACCACUGCAACCACAUCAUUCGAAACCACAGACAUGACAUUCAUAACUGCUACAACAACAGACACAGUACCCACAGCUGCCACAACUACAGUUGCCAUAAUCAUAAAUGCCACCCUAACCACACCAGUCACAACUGCUACAACUUCAGACAUUAUAACCACACUUGCCCCAACUACAGCCACAACAAUUCCAACUGAUACAUCCACAUCUCUCAAAGCCACAACCAUAAAAAUCCCAGCCACUACCACUACAGACACCACACAAACCAUUACCACCACAACUAUAGAUACCACUACUGCAACCAUUGCCAAAACAAACAAAGCCACUACAAUGGCAACCAAUACAACCACAGCUGCCCCAACUACAGCCAAUAUAACCAUAAGCGCUAUACCUACAGACACCACAAAUACAAGACUUCAGACCUCAGUGAUCACUACCACAGCCUCUACAACCCAUAAUAUAACUGCUGCCAUGACAGCCAAUAUCACUAAAAACACUCCAUUGGCAAAAACCUCAGCUGCAACAACCCUAGACAAAAAAAACACUCUCACUCCAUCAGUAACUAUAGCAACCACAAGCCCAGCCAACACAACUGCCCAAACCACAACCUCUACAACCACAAGUACUACAACUAAAGCCAACACAACCACAACACCUACUUCAACAACAACCAUAAUGUCCACAACUAAGGACAACACAACCUUUACAACCACAAGUACUACAACUAAAGCCAACACAACCACAACACCUACUUCAACAACAACCAUAAUGUCCACAACUAAGGACAACACAACCUCUACAACCACAAGUACUACAACUAAAGCCAACACAACCACAACACCUACUUCAACAACAACCAUAAUGUCCACAACUAAGGACAACACAACCUCUACAACCACAAGUACUACAACUAAAGCCAACACAACCACAACACCUACUUCAACAACAACCAUAAUGUCCACAACUAAGGACAACACAACCUCUACAACCACAAGUACUACAACUAAAGCCAACACAACCACAACACCUACUUCCACAACAACCAUAAUGUCCACAGCCAAGGCAACCACAAAUGCAACCACAGUUGCUACAACCCAAGACACCCAUGUCGUAAGUUUCUCAAUGAAAAUAAACAGAGAAUUUGAUACUGCACUCACCGAUAAAAAAAGUGAAGCCUUCAUGGAACUGAAAAAAAGAAUUGAGAAUUCAAUUGAUGAAAGUUACAGAAGUGUGCCUGGCUACCAGGCCAAAUCUGCAAAUGUGUAUGAUUUCAGGCCUGGCAGUGUGAUUGCAGACUUCAGUAUUAAUGCAACUAGCCUUAAUUUAAAAUUGGUAUCAGCAAACCAGCAACUUGCUAGCACUCUCCGUUCACAGGGAUUCAACAUAAGCGAUGAUGGAUUCAGUUACAGUGUGGCAGAUGGGCUGUAUAAAAGCAACGACCAAAUAUAUCCUGGGCAAAAUCUGACACUGAUCUGUAACACGACAGCAAAUAACAACAUUAAAUGGACGAGGAACGGAAUUGAACUAAAGGAGUCGGAUAGGUAUAUAAUUCAUCAAACUGUUCUCAUUGUGAAAAAUACCACUCCCGACGAUAGCGGACAAUAUGAAUGUAGCUCAACAGAGAACUCAAUACCCUUUGUUAGCUGGCAAAGGAUUAUGAUUCCAGAUCCCAACAUCCAAGUGACCAAUGACAAAGUUGUAACAUGUGAGAAUUCAACAAUUAUGCUGCAGUGUUGUGCUCAGGAGAGCUAUGAAGUGAAAUGGAAUGUUGACCCUACAGAUUGCAUCCAACCUUCAACAGAUCCACCAACAGGCUGCAUAUUAUGUGACUAUAAGAUUAAAACACAGGACUGUCAUACUAAUGAGAAUAUAUUGGUCACAUGUCAACUUACUAAAAGUGAUUACGAUGCACAAACCAUCACAAUAAAAAUAAUCAGUGGAAUAUUUACCUGCAAUGAUGGUGUAUUUGGACCUGGAAAUGUGGGAGAUGUACAUGUUGGUGACUGUAAUGAAGGCAUGGUUGGCCAUCAAACAGCUAAGUGUAAUUCAACUGCACAGUGGCAAAUUACAGAUAACAACUGUGUCCUGCGAGUCGUUCAAAAUCUAAAAGAUAAAGCUGUGCUCUUACUGCCCACUGAACUCCCACAAUUUGUGGCUGAUCUCAGCAAUAUUACUGAAACAAAUGCUCAAACUAUAACAACAUCGUCAUCAACAAUAUUAACAAUUGCUGAGAUCCUGAAAGACAUUGCCAAUAUCUCGCAAGCCAUUUUACUCAGUAAACCCAUUAUGAAUGGUUUCCUACAAACAAUGGAUGUCAUUGGGUCAACAGCUACACAGGGGGCAUGGACGAACUUAAACCAAAACAGUACAACCAGCAAUGCCAGUUCUGAUCUUCUGAAGUCUAUUGAAAGCAUUGCACCCAGACUCCCAGAUGAAAACAUUGUGAUCAUAACACAAAAUACUUAUCUCAGAAGAGCCAACAUAACUGGCCCAUUUUUUGAAGUAUUUGGUAAUACAUCAACAACCUCUAUAAAUAUUCCAAUGAUUAGUAAACAGUCUUUCAUAACUAUGAUAGUUUCUUCAGCACUUGGCAAUAUCUUACCUGUUCGUUUUGCCUACAAUAACAGUCCAAUUAACACCAGCAUCAAUGGAGAUGUGGCUGUGAUUGAACCAAAGUCAACAAUUAACAACAUCUCAUUUUCUUUCGACAUCAAAAAUAAGACACUGGGAAACCCUCAAUGUGUCUUUUGGAACUUUAAUCUUCUGAAUAGCAUUGGGGCAUGGGACUCGACUGGAUGUCAACAAAAGACAUUAGAGAAUGAAACUGAAAGAAUUAUGUGUGAGUGCAAUCACACAACGUCUUUUUCAAUCCUGAUGUCACCAUUUGCCCUGGAUAAAAACUUAGCAAUAGCCUUAGACUAUAUAACUUACAUUGGUGUGGCCAUUUCAAUGGCCAGCUUGGUUUCGUGCCUCAUCAUUGAAAUCUUUAUAUGGAAAUCAGUGACACGAAAUGACACAUCCUUCAUGCGCCAUGUCUCCAUAGUCAACAUCACUGUCUCCCUUCUGAUUGCGAACAUAUGCUUCCUCAUUGGUGCAGCAGUUGUAAAAGAAGGAGAGAUAACACCAGUGGAUCCCUGCAGUACAGCAACAUUCUUCAUGCACUUCUUUUAUCUUGCCCUUUUCUUCUGGAUGUUGCUGUCAGCACUCUUGCUCCUCUACCGCACACUCAUGGUCUUUUCUAGAAUGACCAAAGGAGCAAUGAUGGCCAUAGCCUUCACUGUUGGCUAUGGAGCCCCGUUAAUCAUAGCGGUCAUUACUGUGGCAUCUACAGCUGGAAGCAAAGGAUACAUUCAAAAAGAAGAAAGUUGUUGGCUGAACUGGAAUGAAAUGAAGACCCUCCUGGCAUUUGUGAUUCCUGCUCUGGUUACUGUCGUUAUAAACUUCCUGGUGCUUAUUGUAGUUCUGUGUAAGAUGUUGAGGAGAGGAGUUAAUGCCACCACUCAGCCAGAUGAGAAACAUGCCCUAAUGAUCAUUGCUAGAUGUGUGGCGAUUUUAGCACCUCUCUUUGGUCUAACGUGGGGAUUCGGCAUUGGCACCAUGGUGUCACCAAACUUUGGGAUUCAUGUGGUGUUUGCGUUCCUUAAUUCACUGCAGGGUUUCUUUAUACUGCUGUUUGGAACAUUACUGGAUAGCAAGGUCCGAGAGGCACUGUCAGGAAGGUUGGCUCUGAGGAACUUAAGCUCUAAUCACACCAGGUUUUUAAUCUUCAGAGCACAAGUGCAGGACCAUCAUCCUCAAGCAGGUUUAUUUCCGUGCAGAGGUUUUGGCGGAGAGAUGUGUACCAUGUAUCCAAAGGUGACGUUUAUCCCUCGUCUUCAAGCGACUCAUACAGAAUUAUUUAGCUUAGUUAAACUAAUGCGGCCACAAGUUUUAUCUGUAUAGGUAAGAACUUAUUUAACAGUAAUUAUACAUUAAACAAAUCUAGUUAUUUACUUUUGUUGUUGCCCUCAAUGCUAAUGAAAUGAGAAUAAUUAAUGUAAUUCAUUUAACUAGACUGUCAACUGCUCAGGACAAUACUAUUAAGAAGUAUUAAAAAAGUGCAUAUAUAUAUAAAAAAAACUAUCCUUACUUUUCAUCAUUUUAUAUUGUACAUUUAUAAUAAAUAAUUCUCAUCAAGUGAUUCAUUUCUGAGCCAUGGUUUACCAUAUGUGAGCAAUCCUGUUUGUUGUAUAUUUUGUGUCUAGGAUACAUUUUAGAUCUGUUUACUUCUCAGCUUAUGAAUCCAUGCAGAUUACUUGGUAUUGUUGCACCUUCAACUGUUUGUAAAUUGUUCCACAUAAGAGUGUGUGUUAAAGAACUUGAUGUCCAUUACAGAGAUGGCACGUUACCAGUUUUUCUUUUCCAAUACUGAUACUAAAACCUUGCAUGUCGGCAAAUACCGAUACCCAUGCAACAUUCUUUCUUUGAAAACUAUUAAGCUUUAAAAUUAACUAUUUGAAACUGACGCUAAUAUACAUAGCCGAGACAAAACCGCAGUAAAAUUCAGUUAAACCCUUUCACACAAAAAAAUUACCUACAUUUAAAUAUCAAUAUAAUAAAAAUCAAUCCUAACAAAAAAAUACAAUCAAGUCUCAUUGUAUGUGAACAUUUCCAGGUACAAAAUAAAACUUGAAAAUAAAAUGACCCCCCCCCCAAAAAAAAAAAAAAAAAAAAAAAGAGAGGGUUCCUUAGUGUAAAGUAUUUCCACACACCUGACAUGAAUUGAGAAUAAGUCCAACACAUUUGCUUUGAUUAGUUGUUAACAUUAGGCCACGUGGCUAUGGUUAUCACAUCCUUUACAUUGUUGCGUUCUCAUGUUUCUGAUUAGGUUUCUUCCUGGGUAUCAGAUUGGUGCCAUCUCCUAAUGUUUUUGCCCAUCUUUGUGCAUUUCUCAGUGUCAACAUGAAUGAUUUCUCAAGUUUGACAUGUAGAAUGCUGCCAUUGCUGUGUAUCUCUGCACUGUUUAUUAUCCUUGAGUAUCUCUUAAUUGUAUCUACCUAACUAUAGAUUCUGGAAACAAGUUAUAAUAAUGAAUAAAUGAAUUAAGCUGAAACCCACAAUGGCUCUCCUGUUUGAGCUCCGACACCCAACAUACUGUAGCCUUGAACUGAUUCGGUGGAAUUAAAUUGCUUUAUUAAAUAUGAUGCCAUAUUUAAGUAAAUUGUGCAUUAUUCUGUCAGGAAGUGUUAGCACAUUAACAAGGAGAAACUAUCAAAUAAGUGACAUUAUACUUUUUAUUUUAAAAAAUAAAAAUCAAUUUCUGAAGAGGAAUUGAAUUGGAUUUAGUUAUCAGUGUCCUGUAGAGUUAAUCAUAAUCAUGACUUUUUUUUCUUCAAGUUAGCCAAGCUUUUGGCAGUCAUUGGUUGUAGCUUCCAUCUACCUUUCAUUUAGUGAAAAUAUCUAUAAAGGUUUUCAACAAUUACAGAGCUGACGUUAUGCAAAGACAGACUGUGCUGAUAUACAAAAUGAAUCCAUGGCAGAGUGGUGUGAUACGUUACCACCUCUACAUGCAACAGCAAGGUCUAAAGUGUGUUAUCCUGCUUUUACCAUAGCAAUUUACUACUAAAAUGUUUUACUUCUUAAUGGAUGACAUAUUGGGAUUUUUAACUGUUUGUAUUUACAUUAAAUGUCAUGGAAUAUUCUUGAGACAAGCCAGUUCCUGCUUAUAACCAGUUGUUCCUUCACCAGCCUCUCCUGCAUUCUCUCGAAGAGAAUAAGAAAUUUAAAAAACAAACCCAUUUGCCAUCUUACCAAGAAACUUCUCUGUCCUGAAGACUUUCUUGUGCAAGAAAAUGGUCAGGUAUCCAUAAACUUUUGGCUAUACAGUGCAUGGAAUCCCGUGAUGCACAGUAAAACCAAUUGGUGCAAUAGUUGACUGUGUAGCGUGAUAAAACGUUAAGCCAUUUUUCACCAAUUUAAUAUCGGAAUGUGUCUAGUUGUGUGGAUCCGAUGUGAUCGGACUGUUACAAUGCAAACUCUCCAUAAUAACAACACACAAAUAUCCGCACGCUAGUACAAACCAUUGACGUUUAUUUUGCAGUCACAAUGCUUACACUAUAUGUAGCAGACAUCCAAACAUUUCAACCAGCUACCUUAUCACUCAAAUGACUCCCCACACACACACACACACACACACACACACACACACACACACACACACACACACACACACACACACAGUUGUCAAACAGAGACACAUUCACAUCAGGGAACAAAAAGAAAGAAAAAGAACAAAACUUAAAUGAGUGUUGGACAUUGUUAAAGAGAUGAGCUAGUUCUUCACAAACAGUUAGCAGCAGCAUGUUGAGAAGUAGCACAAGUCGCUAAAAUAUUCCAUUCUGGUUCUGUUUUUGUAAAUCUACCAUAUUUUUGACAUUAUCAUUACCAUUAUCUCUUUGCCGUGUAAAAAAAACAA